GGGCAGGGGGCAGGCUCAGAAUUAGACUACAGCGGGGGCUGUGCUCGCGUUUACAGACAACUUACCAUGGAGGCGAACAAGUGUGGACCUCAGGGUUUUCCGGAGCUGAAGAAUGACACCUUCCUGCGAGCAGCCUGGGGAGAAGAAACAGACUACACUCCUGUUUGGUGCAUGCGGCAGGCAGGCCGCUACUUACCAGAGUUUAGGGAAACUCGGGCUGCCCAGGACUUUUUCAGCACCUGUCGCUCCCCCGAGACCUGCUGUGAACUUACUCUGCAGCCACUGCAUCGCUUCCCUCUGGAUGCUGCCAUCAUCUUCUCCGACAUCCUUGUUGUACCCCAGAUCUCCUCCUCCUGGAGUUACAGGUUGGGAACCCGGACGUUUUCUCCCCCACCAGGCACUGGGCAUGGAGGUGACCAUGGUGCCUGGCAAAGGGCCCAGCUUCCCAGAGCCAUUAAGAGAAGAGCGGGAUUUACAGCGCCUCCGGGAUCCAACAACAGUGGCCUCUGAGCUGGGUUAUGUGUUCCAGGCCAUCACCCUCACUCGACAACGUCUGGCUGGGCGUGUGCCACUGAUUGGCUUUGCUGGUGCCCCGUGGACUCUCAUGACAUAUAUGGUUGAGGGUGGCGGCUCAAGCACCAUGGCUCAGGCCAAACGCUGGCUUUACCAGAGACCGCAGGCCAGUCACCAGCUGCUUCGCAUCCUCACUGAUGCUCUCGUCCCAUAUCUGGUGGGACAAGUGGCUGCUGGUGCCCAGGCGUUGCAGCUCUUUGAGUCCCAUGCAGGGCAUCUUGGCCCACAACUCUUCAGUAAGUUUGCACUGCCCUACAUCCGUGAUGUGGCCAAGCGAGUGAAAGCCGGGCUGCAGGAGGCAGGCCUGGCACCAGUGCCCAUGAUCAUCUUUGCUAAGGACGGACAUUUUGCCCUGGAGGAGCUGGCCCAGGCUGGCUACGAGGUGGUUGGGCUUGACUGGACAGUGGCCCCAGAGAAAGCCCGGGAUUGCGUGGGAAAGACAGUGACCCUGCAGGGCAACCUGGACCCCUGUGCCUUAUAUGCAUCUGAGGAGGAGAUUGGGCAGUUGGUGCAGCAGAUGCUGAAUGACUUUGGGCCGCAGCGCUACAUUGCCAACCUGGGCCAUGGACUUUACCCUGACAUGGACCCAGAACACGUGGGAGCCUUUGUGGAUGCCGUGCACAAACACUCACGCCUGCUUCGACAGAAUUAAGCAAAAUCCUUUUCUCUGAAGUACCACUAACACAGAUGAUUGUUUCCAGGAGAAUAAAAGUUCCAGAGUUGGA